GGGCGGCGAUUCCCCGUUUUCUCUCCGGAGCUCGGUCCAGUGGGGGGAAACUGAGGCACGCGGCGGUGUUUUUAGGGAGGGGUGUGUGUGGACACAGCCCAGUCGCCACCAUCCCUGUGCGGGUGUCCAGCGGAGGUUAUUACAAUAAAAAAGGAGACUCAGGACGAGCCCCGCGUGCCUUUCCUCCCCUCCAGGGCUUCCCCCAUUGCCCUGUUUUUCCUGCCAGGCCGGAGGGCCCCGGGGUUGCCCCGCGGCUAGAGGAUGGUCUGGUGACCCCAGCAGGGCUGCUGGCCGGGUCCCUCGUGGGGGGCACCCCGUCUUGGAGCUGGUUUUCUAGGCUUGCAGCGAUGCAGCCGCUCUCCGAAGCGGUACUUUCUGCCCAGUCCCGGCUUCUCCCAACUUUUCCCAUCUGGGGAAAAGGAACUUGGAAAACGCCCGGUGGAGAAGCGCUGCUUCUUGCAAGCACCUCCAGAAGACUCAGGGGAAGCUAACGGAGAGUGCUUUUAUUAUGGGUGUUUUUUUUUUCCCCAAAUUUUAAUUUUUGGAUUUGGGGGGGGCCACACCUGGCUAUAGUCAGGGAUCACUCCCGGCUAACUUGGGGGACCGGAUGGGGUACCCAGGAGUGAACACUGGUCCGUGCAGAUGCUUCACCCCUUGUGUGGUCCCUGCCCGGAGAGUGCUUUCAGUCUAACAGCCGGCACAGAGCAGAUGGCGGCGCCCGAGGUGGCUGGCAUAGCAGCCAGUGCCCCCGACCCUCCCGAAUCCUCCUCUAGUUUAUGUGCUUCCAAAUCCGAGGAAGGCUUCCCCGAUGGUCUAAGCCCCAAAGACCCUGCAGAGAAGCACAAGAGCUCUCCUCUGUCCAGUGUAAGUAGCCCGGCAGUGACCACGGAGAAUAACAGAAAUGUGCAUUUGGAGCAGCCAGAGCAGGACCCUGGUUCCUCCGCCGAUGACACUUCGGCUGCGCGCCAGGCGGCUUUAGAAGGCGACUUCAUAGCUGCAGCCCCUGGCCUUUCUGGCGGGGGGUCUCAGUCUGCUCUGAAGGACGCGGCCGGCAAAGCAGGCGAGGAGGGGGAGCGCCUCGUGCCCGAGAGUCUCCAGCCAGCCUCUCCCCAGCAGCCUGCCUCCGGGAAUGGCUCUGCAGACCUGUCCCCGGCAGCCUCCGUCCUGAAGGAGGGGGGCAGGGACGCAGGCUCGGAUAGCCGCCCCGUAGUACCGCCUGCCUCUGGCGUGGAAGGAGGCCGAGCGGAUCAGGACAGCGCUUCCCCGAAGCUUUCUCAGAACAUUGCUGUCCAGACUGACUUUAAGACGGCGGACUCAGAGGUAAACACAGACCAAGACAUUGAGAAGAAUCUGGGUAAAAUGAUGACCGAGAGAACCUUACUGAAGGAGCGCUACCGAGAGGUCCUAGACAAGCAGAGGCAAGUUGAGAACCAGCUCCAGGUUCAGUUAAAGCAGCUUCAGCAGCGGAGGGAAGAAGAGAUGAAGAAUCACCAGGAGAUAUUGAAGGCUAUCCAGGAUGUAACGAUAAAGCGGGAAGAAACAAAGAAGAAGAUAGAGAAAGAAAAGAAGGAGUUUUUACAGAAGGAGCAAGAUUUGAAAGCAGAAAUUGAGAAGCUUUGCGAGAAAGGUAGAAGGGAGGUGUGGGAAAUGGAGCUGGAUCGACUCAAGAAUCAGGAUGGUGAAAUAAAUCGGAAUGUUCUGGAAGAGACAGAGCGGGCGUGGAAGGCAGAGAUCUUGUCACUGGAGAGUCGGAAAGAAUUGCUAGUGUUGAAAUUAGAAGAAGCAGAAAAAGAAGCCGAAUUGCACCUUACUUACCUCAAGUCGACCCCCCCGACACUAGACACAGCUCGGUCCAAACAGGAGUGGGAGACCAGGCUGAACGGAGUUCGGAUCAUGAAGAAGAACGUUCGGGACCAGUUCAAUAGCCACAUCCAGCUCGUGAGGAACGGGGCCAAGCUGAGCAGCCUUCCUCAGAUCCCCACCCCCACGCUGCCCCCUCCCCCCUCAGAGACAGACUUCCUGCUUCAGGUGUUUCAGCCCAGCCCCUCCCUGGCUCCUCGGAUGCCCUUCUCUCUUGGGCAGGUCACAGUGCCCAUGGUCAUGCCCAGCGCAGACCCCCGGCCCUUGUCUUUCCCCAUCCUGAACCCCGCCCUCUCCCAGCCCAGCCAGCCCUCCCCGCCCCUUCCUGGAUCCCAGGGGAGAACUAGCCCAGGUUUGGGUCCCCUUGGCGGCCCCCACGGCCCACACAUGCCCCCUGCCGCCUCCGUCCCGCCUCCCCCAGGCCUGGGCGGUGUUAAGGCUUCUGCUGAAACUCCCCGGCCCCAGCCAGUUGACAAACUGGAGAAGAUUCUGGAGAAGCUGCUGACGCGGUUCCCACAAUGCAAUAAGGCCCAGAUGACCAACAUUCUUCAGCAGAUUAAGACGGCGCGCAGCACGAUGGCCGGCCUGACCAUGGAGGAGCUCAUGCAGCUGGUGGGUGCUCGCCUGACAGAGCACGAGCGGAUAGCAGCAAGCUCCCAGCCGCUCGGUCGCAUCCGGGCCUUGUUCCCGGCUCCGCUGGCCCAGAUCAAUACUCCGGUGUUCUUGCCUUCUGCCCAGGUCUCCUACCCUGGGAGGUCUCCACACGCUCCGGCCACCUGUAAGCUGUGUCUGAUGUGCCAGAAACUGGUCCAGCCCAGCGAGCUGCACCCCAUGGCGUGUUCCCACGUGCUGCACAAGGAGUGUAUCAAAUUCUGGGCCCAGACCAACACAAAUGACACUUGUCCCUUUUGUCCAACUCUUAAAUGACGGAGCCGACGGGGGAGGACGCCAGGAGAGACUGAUGUGAAGCGCGGGUUCGAGAUUUCUAAGACUCUAUAUUUAUACAGCAACAUAUCCUCAUGCCAUGUACAUUUCUAUUAUAUAGGUAACGUGUGUAUAGAAAGUCUGUAUUCCGAUGUUUGUGAAAUGAAAGUGUGUAUAUCAUGCAGAAAUGGUCUGUCCCCCUCCUCCCACAGUCCCGGGGGGCGAGGGGGGGCUGCCGAGCAUAGGACAGGUGAGGUCACUUGUCCUCACGCCCCGCCACUCUUGCCUCGGGCUGUCCCAGACCCAGGGACAGCCCCUCUGGGUGGCUGCCGAUGCUCGGGCCCUUCCCCCUCUGGCGGGCUCAGCCUCCACCCGCUCUCCAGGCUCCUGUGAACCCUGGUGCUCACCUGCUGCCCAGCCUCAGUCCACUCCUGGCAGGGAACCGAGACCUGCUGAGUUUGGCUCCUCACCGGCUCUGAGACAUGCGGUCCACAGGAGUCUGACAUCAGCAGAAUUCACAGCUGGGCCAAGUUUCCCCCCCUCGGGCCCCAGCCCACCCCCCCAGCCCCGCCCACUCGAGGCCUUGGGCCCUCUUCUUUAGGGACUGGCCUAGCUACAGACCGUAGCUUCACAGCCCCCUCUGCCUCUUCUUGGCAUCUGCGCUCAGCUCAGGAGCCCCUCUCCCGCUGAAGGUCAAGGCCAGGUUGCCAGGUGGCCUCCUGUGAGCUGCAGGCAGGCCCUCGGAGAGGAGAGGUCUGUGCAAGAGUACUCUCUGGAUCUCCUUGGGGUCCUGAGCUCCCGACUUGAAACCAGAAAGCUAAGGGACCUGCCUGCAGGCUGUCCCGGGGCUGGAGGCUAAGGGGCCGGGGUCCAGCCUGUCCCUAGGCUGCUGUGACUUGGGACACCAGCCUCUGCCGGCCGAGCACUGUGGGUCCCGAGCUUCCCAGCCGAGCAGAGCCUCAGGUCUGCCCUUUGGUCUUUGCUCCUAGGGGAAACGGCUUCCACUCCCUUCACUUUUGGAAUUAAAUAAAAGUUAAGUGUUGAUAGAGCAAAAUUAGCUCCAGGGCAAGGACAUCCAUCCUCUCAUCCGGGCCCUGCAAAGGCUUCCUGGUCCCAGUGGCCCCACCCAGGGCUGCUCGGACUUCCCCGUCUGACCACCUCUCCGACCUUCUCUCUGCUCCUCUCUGCUCUUCCCUUCUCCGCCCCUGCCGCCUUCCCUGCUCCACCUGACCCUUUUUUGUUUCCUGGCCCAUCGUCACCGGCCCCUCAUUCUCUUCUCUGCCCCGCGGGGCCCCGGCUUGUUAGCUAGCACCAGUUUAAGGAGCUGGAUCUGGGGGCUCCCUUGGCAUGUUGUAGGGACGAGACGUCUGCGGCCCUCCCUCCUGGCUCAGGAGUGCCGUGACCCCCGAGCUGUCACACGUGGCCGAAUGGAAGACUGGCGCCUCUGCCCUCUGCUCCUGUAGGGGUGCGGGUGGAGGGUGUCCUUUGCUUUGCAGUCUGCAGAUUUUCUCUCCCCGCAUCCAUAUUGGCAGCCGUUGGGCUGCCUGCAGUGUGUCCCAUCAGACCUGGCAAGCAUAGGAAUUAGUCUACUUAUAUCAAAGUGUGUUGCUUUUCCACAAAUCUUUGAGCCAGUGGGGGAAGAAAGUAUGGAGUGAAUUGGGGGUGCUUCUGUGGGUGCUCGAGAGCCAGGGUCACAGCAGGAGGGACGGGGGUGCAGGGCUGCAGCCUCCCCAGCUGCCUUUUCUCCUUCCCAUUCAGCAUCAGUCACAAAGCAACACUUAGGGAGCCCCUUCCCCUCCCCCUGCCGCCCUUUCCUCCCUCUCCCUUUGCACGUGGGCCUGCGGGGAGGGGCCGGGCCUCCCCCCACCCUGUGGGGAAGGUCCCAGAAGCAGUGAGAGGAGACGCAAUGUCUGUUCCGGAGUAGAAUUUACAAAUAGAGAUAUAUAAUACAUAUUUUUACAAGCAGAA